GGGAAAAAUUAGCGACGGUGUGCGUAUGUGUGUCCAACAAGGGGGAUCCCCCGCCCCCCGUCCUCUUCCUCCUUCUGCACUUCAUUUGUGGCAUUUUGCGCGUACGCCAACUGCGAGGCGACGGCGCACGGGAGCGCAAGCCUAAAACGAGCUCUGCAGUGAUCUUCGGCUCGUUUUGUGGACGCUCGAACAAAAGAGAGAAAUCGUGCAAAAGGAAGAAAUAAAUAACAAAAAUAGAUAGAACCCAGAUGACGUCAUGUGCGAGCGAGCGCGCGCGCGCCUUCCCGCAGAACGGCGGGCCACUGGCCGGGCUACGUGUAAUAUCUGGACCGCGCGACCGACGUAUAUACGAUGACGAGGACGGCGAGGAUGAUUGUUUGCGUGUUGUUGUUAUUAGGUGCGAGCGAACGAUUGCAUAAGUGCGCGCGAGUGCACGGCAAAAAUGAAGCACGCUCUUUUCUUGGCAAUGCUCGUGAUCGCGCACUCCUUCUUGGUCUUGUCAUCACUACGCACGAUUAACAUGACUAUUAUUAUUACGAUUGACUUCCUCCGAUUAUUUUGAUGGAGUUGAAUGCCACCACCUUUCAUUUCACCGUAUCGCCACAUGGAAUUUCUUGAAAAAUGUGGUAUAGGAAUUGUCUUUAUUAAAAAGUGCUGACAUUUGACAGUUUUUGCUUGAAAAUGGAUGUGAUUUCGUUAUAAGGAAACGAAAUCUGUCAGGUGCACGUAGAAAGAUGUCCUUGUUCUUAUUUUUGCUUGCUGCAUGCGUGUGGGUGUGUCGCAGGCUGCCUCGUUCUGCACUGCAGGCAAGUGACCGACCGCGUGCGAAAGAGUGAAAAAGGCUCCACACAAAGAAAAAGAGGAGGAAAGCUCAUGUUUUUUCCUCCCUUAGAAAAUAAUCAAUAAAUUCAACUUUUGCCGCGGAGAAAGCGUAAAAAGCGAAGGAAACCCAAAUGAUUUAUAGAAAGGAAAUCAAAGCCACGGAAGCGUCUUUUUUUGGGGCCAUCGGGGUUGUUCGCAAGUGCUGUCGCGCAUGCAGUGUCAUCUCGAGAAAAGAAAGUCCAAAAAGCAGGCGAUUGCCAUUUUCGGGAAAGGAUUCGGCGACACGCGGACAGCAGACGCACAGCCCGACGGUUGCCAGCCAAAGUCAAGUCGCCGCGCCGCGCCGCGGCGUGGCAAAAAGAACCGAGAGUGCGUGGCCGCGGAGCGAAAUCGACCGGCCUUCCGAUGACGGAGGCCCAAUGCCGUGUAUACAGAGCCACGCAGAGCCGUUUUCAAAUGCACGGGGUCGUUAUUCCCGUGCCUAAAAAGAUGAUAUUCUCGCCGGCUCCCUUCCGAUGACCCCCGAGUGACCCGUUCGGUAGCAGGCGGCCCAGUCCUUGCUGGCCCGGCCGGCCAUGAAGGAAAGAAAUGCAUUUGCAGGCUCUAGGCAGCCGAUUGAGCCACGCACGCCAAAAUCGAAUCCAAACGCGGCCUCUUGCGGUUCCUUCCACCUUGAGUCCAGUCUGCUUUUCUUUCCCCCGAACAACAGCUCGGAAAAUAACAGCGACUUUUGCUUCUUUCGGACAGCGUGCAUGCUGCUGCAGUCGGCCCUGGUAAGCCCCGCCCACUGCGACGCCGUCUUCAAAGGCUUUUCGGACUGCCUGCUCCAGUUGGGGGACAAUAUGGCCAACUACCCCCCGGACUUGGACGACCAGCAGAACCUGCGCAAGAUCUGCACCUACUGGGACGACUUCCACUCAUGCGCGAGCACGGCAUUGUCCGACUGCCAGGAAGGCGCCAACGACCUUUGGGAGAAACUCAAAAAGGAAUCUCGAAGUCUGGAUUUUCGCGGAAGUCUGUUUGAACUUUGCGGCGCUGGAAACGCCGCGCCCCGAGGCCGGACGGUGGCGGUCCUGGCGGCGCUGCCGGGCCUGCUCACCUGGCUGUUGGCCCAUUAAAAGCCCCCACUGACAAAGAAAAAAAAUUUGGGAAGAAAAGAAAAAAAAAAAGGAUGGCCCUCAACUUUGACUUCCGGGCGCAACGUCCAAUCGCACGCCGCCGUGACACCAUCACGGCACACCUGAGGAACGCGUGGGAUCGGGCGGGUGUACGGCCCCCGACACCCAAUUGUUUCCUACAAUAUGAGAAGUGCGUUUAGUGACUAGCUUCCCUUGUGAGCUCGGACCAAUUUUUUUUUUUUUUUUUUUUUUUGAGCGGCUGUGUUGGGAAUCGCAACACGCGGCACCGCUCGGAAAGUCUGGAGUCACAGGCCGGUCCGUCUAAUAUGAAAAAUCUCAGCAUAGCGACAAAGUCGCCGGGAACGACGCCUUCGAUGGAAACGUUCCAUCUCGAAACGGCGAUUCUCAACACAGCCGACGUUUGUUUCCGGCACGGACGAGAAGCCGGCGUCGUCCGCUGUUCGCAUGAUGCCCCCACCCUCAUUUUAGGACACGAGCACAAAGGUCAGCUCAGCACCAUCGAGGGACACGCCACGCGGCGCCAUCGCUAACCGGAGUCCGGCGGCGGGCGCCAAAGGACGUCCAUCUUCUAACGCGCCGUCGGAGGCUCGGUCGACAACGGAAGAGGCUACGGAACGGAAAGGGCCGCUUCGGGAGGGCGUCGUCGUUCGGCCCGCGGCCGACGCUCGCUCGGCGUUAUCCCGAGCGAUGAAACGCGCGGCGCUUGAACCGUCGGGCGUUUUUAGGACGAAACGGCCGCGGUGUUUUCCCUCCGCCCCUGGUGAAAACAGCAGGCGGGAUGAUGAAUAUUUUCUCUUUUGACAUUUUAGUCCAUUAUUUUCUUUUCAGCAAAGGAAUGUUUUGUGUUUGAAUGUUUUAUCAUUAGAAUGUUUUGAUAUCACGAUGGUUUGCGUUCCGAUUUUGUUUUCGUGUCGUAACCUUUUAACGUGAUCGAUCGCACAAACAGUUCAAGUUUAAGUGUUUGUGUUUUGACAUUUACGAUGGUUUGUGCUGUGACGUUUUCACACAUUUUACGUUUCGGCAUGAUAGCGUUUUGCGCCCACCGCGCGUGCUUCCCAGAUAGCUAACAUUUAGCAUUGUGAAGAAAGGACUGCGUUUAUUCUGUGCCGGUCUCCUGAAAUGUUUCCAUUUUUUUUUGUAGGUGAAGAAAGUUUAAUGUUAACAUUGUUGUGUUUGUGGUGGCGAAACAAAGCAAAAGAGCAAUACCAGCACACGUCGCGCGACGCGACGCAAAGCGAUGGCCAGUGUAGCUCCAAGCAAUCAAUAAUAUUCAUCAAGACUGUUGGCUUCCAAUAAAUAGCAAGUAAUAAGACAAAAUCUUCAUCUCGGGAAUAAUGACAUCAUCGUGCCUGCCUGCCUGCAGGGUUCCUUUCUGUCUGUUUGCUCGACACUUUUACAAAUCGUCCGAAGAAUUGAUGGUGUGCUUUAGAGAAAAUAUUCACAAGACAGAGAAAAAAAAAACAUUUAUCAGAGGAACUUUAGUCCACUUUUAAGGAAAAUGGAAUAUCAGAAAUGGAUUUCAUGUUAAAUAAAAAAAAAAACGAAGGUUUCAAUGAAUGCCAUACGCUCUCUUUUCUUUUUCACGCAUGUGAGACACGCAUUCAUUAUUAAUGAGCUUGUGCACACGCGCGCGCGCACGCUCAGUCGGUAUCGAUGGAUGAAGGAGGGGGCGAGGGACUCAGCUGCAGGCCAAACAUCAAAUGACAUUUCUCUACGAUCACAAAUGAAGUCGCAACCGAAAAGAAUCGGAAAACGUUUCUCCUUUCGGCCCGGCCCGGCCGGCGCCCUCCGUCCGUCACGCACACGGGGGAAAAAAAAAAGAAAAAAAAAGAGGUCAUCUCACGUGAAUGCUGACGUUGACUUGAGUCGGGAUACGAAACACAACAAAUUUCGGGUUUUUCAUUUUAUUUUGCUUUGCUUUUUCAAGAUUGCAAUCGGCUGUAUUAGAAAAAAAAAACAAAGAAUAAAAUGGACUGCAGCACACAGGCAGCCGGAAGGGCGCAGACUAAUUCCUGGAAGCGAGCGAGACUCGUGAAUAAUUCAAAGCGCAAUUAAGGCCUGUAGGAAGAAAGCCGUUUAUGAAAUAUUUAUGAUAGGAAUCCCGCGAGAUUUUACUCGCCAACAUGCCAAAUUGAGAAGACGUCAUAAGAAAAACACUUUCCCAUUUGGACACCCUCCAGAAAAAGAAAAUAAAAUACAGUACAACUAGUCGGCCUUUCCAAAACGAAGUAUUGACUAUGAAAAAGGAAGAAAAAAAAAGCUGCAAGAACAAAAUCAAACGGAUAGUCCUCCCCAUCCCCCUCAUUUUCCUUUUUUGUGCUUUCAAAAAAAGAAUGGUCACGAGAGGCAACGAAAAGGGACACCAAAUAUUCAAAUAUUGGAUUUUCAGAAGAGAAUUCUAUUUCAAUAUAGCAGAAAAUGACAAUUAAAAAAACUUGCAUUUCACAAAAAUCCAUCGAUUCUUCUAUAUGAGCUUUUACCAAAAGGUCGAAUUGACACU